CAUAACAUAAACCCUUUCUCGCCCGGAGAACGAAUCAGUCAUUGCAAGCAUAGAGAUUCAAUCCACCUUCUUUAGUUCCUGGGAUUCUUUCCCCAAUUUCCUAUUCAACAUUCAAUUUAUCUUUUGUACGGAAAGCUAAUAACGAAUUUUGCAUCACUUCUUUCGAUUCUCCUCGUACAAUUGAAGAAUUCGCAAUAACUUGAGGUAAUUGCAUCCGCCAUUAAUGUCUACUUCUUUGAGCUUUACAUUGUAAUUGCAUUAAAUAAACUCCGAAAACACAAGUAUAUAAUGACCUAUCUCACAUUGUAUCCUAUUCUAAGAUGGGCUUGUUCUAAUUCGUCCAGAAAAUACCUAUUUUUUGGAAGCAACUUUCCAUAUUGUUAUAAUUAUAAUUUUAAAUGCAAUCAUAGGUUUUUUAGUUUAUUGGCCCUUAGAGAUGGUCACAAUGAAGUUAUUGAAGGGACUUUAACCUCUAACAAUGGUGAAACAAUACAUAGAAUUUCACCAACCAUUAGGAAAGAGGCGCAAAGUGCAUUGUUGGAUUACUUACAUUCUACUAGAAGCUUACCCUUUUUGGAUGCUGAACAUAUGAGUAAAAAUUCUCCUCGCUUUUUGAAGAAGCUGAUAGAAAAUAUGAAUUAUGAGACUGAUAUUAGGCGUUCCCUUGCUCGUUUUCUGCGUUACAAUCCCAUUAAUGAAUUCGAACCUUUCUUCGAAAGUAUAGGGUUGCAGCCUUUUGAAUUCGUUAAUUUUCUUCCGCGUGGUUUGAUGUUUUUGAGUGAUGAGGAUGGUUUGAUUGAUAACUGUUGUAUUCUGUGUGAAUAUGGUGUUGCUCGGAGUAAUAUAGGAAAGAUAUAUAAGGAGGCUAGAGAGGUGUUUCGGUAUGGUGAUGGGGUUUUAUUAUUGAAACUACAAGAUUUUGAGGCAAUCGGAAUGAGUAAGGCUGCAAUAGGCAAGACCCUGAGUCUUAAUCCUAAGCUUUUGAUUGGUGACGUAGGCAAAGGGUUUUGUAAGGUGGUAGGGAAAUUGCAGAGUCUUGAUUGUGAGUAUGAUUGGAUUGAGCAACAGUUAUUUGAGAAUGGCGUUUACCAUUGGAAUCAAAUCUUUGAGGCGCUAAAUGUGUUAUGUAACUUGGUAUGUAACAAACAGGAGUUGAGAUAUUUGGUGAGGCAACAUCCAGAACUUUUAUUCGAUUGUUCUGGAAAGUCGACCUUUUUAUUAUUUGGAUUUAUGCUAAAAUUUGGAUCCACAAAGCAUGACAUAUGCUCAAUGUUAUUGAACUUACCUCAGAUUAAAGUUGGGAAAUUUAAUUGGAAUCUUCGACGUGCUUUUGAGUUACUUUGUGAACUAAAGAUGGAUUCUACUGAUGUUAGAAAUAUCAUCCGCACACAUUUUAUUGUGCUGGGAUCUUUGACUUUGAAGAAAGCCAAUAGUAUAUUUUGUAAUUUGAACAUAGGGAAGAAACGCCUGUGUAAAAUCAUUGUAGCGAAUCCAUUGGAGUUAAAGAACUGGGGCUUGGGAGCCAAAAUCGAACGAUUGCCAGGGAAUAAGGAAACGCGUUCACGCAUAUGGAAGGUUAAAUUCUUGUCAAGCAUUGGCUUCUCAGAAAACUCUAAAGAAAUGGAAAGGGCAUUAAAGGCAUUCCGUGGUAAAGGAGAGGAACUCCAUGAAAGAUUUGCCUGUUUUGUCAGAGUAGGCCUCACUGAAGAGGAUGCUACAAAAAUGAUCAAAGUGGCCCCACAGAUUCUUAAUCAAUCAAAGGAAGUUAUUGACACAAAAAUUACAUAUCUUGUUUCUGAUUUGGGGUAUCCAGUGUCAAGUUUGAGGUCAUUCCCAAGGUAUAUGACCUAUACGACAGAAAGAGUGAAGCUGAGAUGUUCUAUGUACAGGUGGCUUGUCAAUCAUAAUGCCGUUUGUCCUACAUUGACUUUGAGUACUAUAAUUUCAUGCACAGAAUCAUGUUUUGUAAAGAAGUAUGUAGUCAAACAUCCUCGAGGCCUUGAUACUUGGCAGAAAUUAAAAAAGACGAUUUAUGGAUAGAAAGUUUUCAUAUUUACAAUCUCAGUUCUCUGAUACAGUCUUCACGUAAUUGUGCAUGAUAAGUGACCAGGGUUUUUUGGCUAUUGAUUCUCAAAACUUGUUCUCUUCAUUGAGCAAAUACAGAGAUCCAAAUUACUCGGUAUAUGGCAGGUAAUAUGCCGAGCCUAUCAUCAAGCAAUGCUGUCCCUCGAGUGGUACUUGACCAUGGGAUUUCAAAAGCUGUUCUGCAAGCCCAAUCAUAUACACUAUACUUCAACUGUUGAUCUAAUAAUUAUUCUUCUGAUUAUCGACUCUCUGGCAUCCUUUUGGAUAUUUUUAAAUCUGAAGGAUUCUUUUACCUUAUACCAAGAGCAAACGUUCAGUGAAGCACAGAAUAUCAAUACUUCAAGGCUAGGUCUCUUGAACCAUUGUUAAGGGUUUAUCUAGGAUUCUAGAUCAUGUGUAGGGUUAGAGGAAAAAGCAGGAAGCAAACUGUUACAUCUCAUAAAGAUGUUGGGAGUGAAAAAGAGGAGAUAUUUCUGGACUCUAAGCGAAGAGGAAGGCCACAGAAACCAUUGAAGGAUGAGGUUGAAGAUGACGAGGUUGAGAAGUUAGCUAAUGGUGAUGAUCGAGAAUGGAAGGAUUAACAUGACUAACAAAAACUCAGGAAGUUAAAUUUGGGCUGAAAAUGGAGCUAAAAGGAAGAGGUCGUUUCAAGCUAAAGAUUGUUCGGAUUGUGUCAAGGAGGAAAUUGGCUUAAAAACCAAUUCUGUUGUUAAAGAUUCUGCAAAAUCAGUAGGGUUUAGGCAAAAUGGAAGCAGACGAAAAAAUAAGCCUCGUCGAGCUGAAGUUGGUGUAGAAUGCAAUUGAGCUUGAAGAUGCUGCUAUGACUUUCACUACUCUCAUUUUGUUACAAUUCAAGCAUAGGGUCGGCUUUUAUUGGCUCGUUUUCGUGUUUGCCUUUUCUUGUGAAGUGUUUAAGCUCAAUCUCUUGUUCAUUGAGAUUGUCAUUUUUCCCUAAUGAACAUAACUUUCUGGUUUUUGAACCUUAAAACAA